GCCAUGAUAUGUUGGGAAAAUAUAUUCAUGUUAUGCCCCUCCUGAUUAAAAUGAAAGCAUAUUUGUUGACGGGGGAGAAUCAACAUUUACAAUUGAUGUGCAAUCUAAAAUGGCGAAAAAGAAGAUCGAACUUGUUGUAUUUGAUCUUGCUGGAACAACUGUUGAUGACGCAGUAAAUGGAUUACCUUUGGUCACGUUAGCUAUGACAGAAGCUUUUUCAGUUAAUGGAAUAAAAAUCACUCCGGAGCAAGUGAAUAAAGUUAGAGGUAUGGAUAAAAAAGAAGCGCUGAAUCAUUUAUUGAAUGAAUCUUUGAAAUUUGAUGAAAAUUCCCACGUUGCGAUGGAUUCGAAAAACAGGUCAUCGCUAGAAGAUAAAUUGUUCGGUGAUUUCAAGUCAGCGCUUAAUUGUCAUUUGAUGAAUAUAAAUAAAGAAAUUGAAGGGUCCAGUGACACGUUUAACUGGUUGAUUGAGCAAGGUGUGAAGAUUGCAGUUGGCAGUGGUUUUCCUCAUAAUGUUGUUUUGAGUUUAGUUAGUAAAUUGGGCUGGAAUGAAUUAAUAAAUUAUGUAUCAAGUGCAGAGCAAGAAGGUCAUGGUCGACCACAUCCGUCAUUAAUACUGUCUGCCAUGAAACACUGUGCAGUAUGCGAUGCGAAAUCUGUUAUAAAAGUUGGUGAUACAUUAAUGGAUAUAGAAGAAGGAAAAAAUGCUGGUUGUUGGACAGUUGCUGUUCUUACAGGAACUCAAACUGAAUCUACACUUAGGAAAGGAAAGCCUGAUUUUAUUAUACCAAGCGUUGCAAAAUUAUCAAAUAUAAUAAAAAAUCUUUGAUACCAUUGAA